AUGAUUGUUUAUCAUCUUUCUGAAAAAGUGUGGGUGCGAAUCCUGGUGUGUGUGUCAGCGAUCAUGGCAUUGUUUGUGGAAGACGAUUUGACUUCACUCAAGCAGAAGCAGCAGGCGGCCAUGGUGGAUCUAAACAUGCUUUUCGGGGAACACGAGGAGCCUUGUAAAGAUGUCCGCAGUGAGAGCGUCCUAUCCUCCCUGGAUCCAGACCGGGAUUCUACCACAGUAACGGAGGCUCCCAGAAAAAGGAAGAGGACAAUUUUUAGCCGAGCUCAGUUGUCCGAGCUGGAGCAGGCCUUCGCCGUGACCCCUUACCCUGAUAUCACCUUGAGGGAGCGGCUGGCUGCGCACACACACCUGCCUGAGAGCAAGAUACAGGUGUGGUUUCAAAACCGAAGAGCCAGAAGUAUCAAGACCGGGAGACUGCCCAUGUCCACCAAACAUGUUCUGGGGGGUAGAGGACUUCCAGAACACGGCUCCGGACUGGUGACCUCAGCCUUCCCCGCCCCGGCAUCUCUGGCAGACAUGUUCAGACCAGAUCAAGGCCAACCUUGUGAAGAUAUCCCACAAUUCUACUCUGACUGGAUCCAGAUCUACAACAACCAAACCCCGACUCAAUCGUCCCUCCACCAGCAGCCCAUCCUCAGCACACCCAAGCGUUCCGAGUCCCGUGUCUGGGAGGCGGAGCGCCAACAGAGGCAGCAACUUGGAUCCACCCUCUCCACUUUCCUACCUACUUCUUUUUCUCAGCCCAUCGCCAGGCAACCUCAGGUGUCCGGCCACUCCUACCAGGCCCACAGGAACCUGAAGAACCAGAGUCUGGCUCAAUGUGGGGCCUCUGUGGACCAGGUGGUCCCUUCUCACUCUCAGUCCAUGUACUGGGAAGUGAAUCAGGGCCAGGGACAUCACCACCUCCAUCAUCAUCAUCAUCAUCAAAUGGGUCCACAGACCUCCAUGGGCUACAUCUCAGACCUGAUCUAUAACGCUGCUAUUGUGACCAACUUCCUGGAGUUCUGAUGAAAAGAACAAUUCAAAUAUUCAUUCAUGGACUUUCACACAAAAUAUACUAACUCUUACUUCUUAUGCAACUGUCAGGAAGGCAGGGAGUACCUUCAGUGUUACCGCAGACCUGCCGAUGUGUACAGAGUCAUUGAACUCAACAUGCAAUUUGACUUGUAUGCUUCACAGCUCUCUAUUUUGUUGCAUUUGUUGCAUUGUUCAGUCUGUACAGAUGA